UUUAGCAUAUCACUCCUCGGACCCCGCGAUCUUUGUCUGCUUAUUACGUCGAUGUGAUAGAAUAGUUGCAAAUAUACAACAAGUAACAUCCGUGACCGCCGAACCGAACAGUACGUACUCCGCAGUAGAUUGUGAAUUGAUUAUCAUCGAUGCCAUUAGUCAUUGCGUUUGAACAAAAAUUUAAGAACACAUUUUUCUACUUAUCCAUCGUGAAUUGCGUCACCGUCUGAUAUCCACUUUUGCCCAUCGGUCUUAAACUCGUACAGAUCAAAACAUUUAUUGAACCAUAUAUAAUAUAUUGACCUUUCAAUUGACUUGCAAAUUUCCUGGUAAGUGUCCAAGUUACCAAUUGGCUGCCUGUUUUGAGUGGAUUUGUACGUGCAGCAAUGGGAGAAGCAGGCGAAGAAGUCCAAUUAUAUGUUUACGAUUUGACCGGUGGUAUGGCCAAAUCCCUGGGCCAGUCACUGUUACAAAAAAAUAUUGAAGGUAUUUGGCACACCGCAAUAAUAGUAUUCGGUAAAGAGUAUUUUUUUGGCUCCAAUGGGAUAUCAGUAUGUGAUCCAGGCACCACAGCCUUGGGAAAUCCACUACGUACCCAUAGUUUGGGAAAGACGUGUUUGCCGGAAGACGUGUUUCAAGAGUAUUUGCGUGGACUAGAACAGGAUACAUUCUCCGCAGACAAAUAUAAUUUAUUGCGACACAAUUGCAAUAAUUUUUCCAACGAAAUUAGUCAGUUUUUAUGCGGGAAUUGUAUUCCUAGUUACAUUUUAGACUUACCAAACGAGAUACUUAACACUCCUUUUGGUCAACAAUUGGCACCAAUUUUAGAAUUGUUCUCCAACAGUAUUGGUAUACAUCCAGGCGUAAGGAGAUCCGCGUCCGAUUUCGAAUCUCUUAACAACGAUAUCGAUUCCGCCAGAAAACAAUCAGCGUUAUUAGAAGAAAAACGCAAUAAGCUAAACGAGAAACUAGAAAAAAGAGAUAAAAGAAAGAAGAAAAAGAAGAACAAGAACAAAAACUUGAGUGAUCAGUUUUGUACUGAGUCCGAACCCAGCUCCAGCAGGUACGGUGAUAAUCGUAAAAAAAUGUCUGAAAACGGGACAAAUGGAGUAAAUGCGGAGAACAAAGUUCUCCGGCCCGCAGCCGUAGUUGACGACAAUGACGCGGAAGACUUGGCAAGGAAGGAGCUAGAGUUAAAGCGUAAAGAACGCGACCCACCUAUAGUGUUCCAGGAUACCAUAAACGUACAAAAUGAAUUGGAACGAUUAGUUGGUUUGAUCGAUGGCCGCAUAAAUCCGGACGACAUGCAGUAUGUCGCAGAACUCGAUCAGUAUAUGUUGGAGAACGAAGGCUCUUGGGCUCUAGGCGAAGGUUUCCUGUCGUUUGUCGGUAGGCUAUUAAACGACAGUCAGCUGGUUUCGGAGGUGCGCGAGACAAUAUUGAACAUUUUGGCUGCGGCCGCUCUUAAAGACGAUAUUAUUUUAGUGUUGCACCAAGACAGAAGAGAGCACAUACUUAUGAAUUACGCUAACGGAUUUGAUAAACUUCCUCUGCUUGAACAACUAGCUCUCACUUUAUUUAUGUGCAAUUUGUUCGAGAACAGCAGCACUUCUGAAUGGCUUUUAUACAUAUCUGAAUGGCAGCUGGGUUCUGGAUCAGUGAGCAACAUUCGGGUGACAACUAAGGUGGCGGUGAAUUCGUUACUGUCCGAAGACAAGGUUCUGCAAGAUCGAGGUACAGCCUUGGUGCACAACUUGGCCUGCAAGGAGAAAAUGUUAAAAAACCAAAACAUUCGAAGACUGUUACCCGUGGGAUCGUUUUUUAAGGUGUUCGAUGAUGUAGUUGUGGAACUUGCUAUGGCAGUCUUACAGUAUUUCAACAGCAAACCCAAUGAAGAGCAUAGUUUUAGAUGUAUGAAGUCUCUGGCCAGAUUUUGUCAAAUAUCUAGGCAGGAUGUACCACAGUUGGUACAAAUGAUCGGGCCUCCACCAUCUGCUUUCAAAGGCAUAUCAAAUAGAAUUGAUGAACAAAUCACUGAAAUUCAAAAUUAUCUACGUUGAGAAAAAAAUGUAAAUAAAUUAUAUGGAUACAAGCAUUUUUUAUGAUAUUUUUUUAACUCUAAUAUGAUAUAUUUUUAUACGGAUUGUCCAAAUUAUUAACUUGAUAUUUAUUAGUCUUAAUUUUGUUUUUUGCAUUUCAACAUUUAAUAUAUUUUUCAGUUGUUUUGUGUUCUAAAUUAAAAUAUUUAUUUAACUACA